UUGGGUUUGCAUCGCGAUACUGAAAAAGGCAGCAAAAACAAUUAGAACUUCCCGCCUUCCCAGAGUUGGAGUGCAGUAAUAUCACUGAAGCAACAAUAACAGUCUUUUGGAUUUCCAAAUCUCAACCGACAGAAAAAUGGUGCGAGCUUCCUCUUCAAAUAAGCCACCUAUUGCAGAAACCCCAGAAGCCACAGAGCGGAAAAGACUGAAGAAAUUGGCUCUGAGAAACAGCUUACUUUCCGAGACACCGGCCGCGCCCAAAUCUUACAUUCCUCUCAUCCCAUCCAAGCAAGUAAUCAAGCACCACGGAAAAGAUAUUAUCAGGAAAUCUCAAAGGAAAAACCGUUUCCUUUUCUCUUUCCCUGGUCUCCUUGCUCCCAUUUCUGGUGGCAAGAUCGGCGAGCUCAAGAAUUUGGCCUCCAAAAAUCCUAUCCUAUACCUUGAUUUCUCUCAGGGUCAAAUGAAGUUGUUCGGGACAAUUGUGUAACCGAAGAAUAGGUUUUUGAGUUUGCUGUUCUCUCGUGGUGGAAAAAACGUUUUAUGCGAGGAUUAUUUUAACAACAUGAUUGUAUUUUCUGACGCAUGGUGGAUUGGACAAAAAGAUGAGAACCCAGAAGAAGUGCGGCUUGAUUUUCCAAAGGAACUGUGUGGGGGACAGAAGAUGGAAUAUGACUUUAAAGGUGGUGCUGGGGUGGCAUCUGUUAACAAAAAAGGCAGUCCUAAAACAGAAAUAAAACUGGUUGAAGCAGAUUCCCUUGAUACCGAGUCUGGAGACUCUUUAUCAGGUGAUGACAACAACUUGAAAGCUAAGAUGAAAGUGACACCAAGUCGGCUCUCUGCAAGAAAUGCUGGAAAAAGAUUCAAAUUUGCUGAGACUUCUUCUGAGGAUGACUCUGUUAGAAGUGAUGCUGAACCAUUAGAUGGAGAAGAGAAGAAAGUUAGCAUGAAACUUGAUUUAACUGAAAAUAAUACUAUUGGAAAGACCAUUAGUUCCAUUCCUGUGGUCGUUCGUUCUGAUGCUACAGAAGAUAACCAGGUCCCCAAACAAAUUCAAACUUCUCUAACUUCAGUGACCAAGUCUGGGAAAACAUCUCAGUCAACUGUUACAGUGACUAAAUUGAAGGAAAAUUCAAACAAAAAUCAUGGUUCACUUGUUCAAGCUACUAUAUCGACAUUGUUUAAGAAAGCAGAAGAAAAGGGACGAAGAGGUUCAGAUAAAUCUUCAUCCUCAAAAGUUCCUAGCAAGAACUUGCAGACACUGUGUAAGAAUUCCAGAAGGAAGAUUGAUCAGACUGAUGGAUCUAGCAAAAAGCGAAGAAUAAUUGAAGAAAAAACCUCUGGAACAGGAAUCAAAGGAAAGAAGAAAGAAUCUGAGGUUGAAGAGGAUGUUGAUGAGGAUAUCAAAGAUUUCUCAAGCACAUCACAGGAUACUAAUGGGAGCGAUGAAGAUUGGACUGCAUGAGAUUAUAACACCACUAUGGUAAAUAUCGGAAUGACAUUGUCAAGCAUAUACUUACUAAAGUGAAGAAGAUUAAACAACAAGAAAAUUUGACAAUCAGGUUGGUAGGUUUUUGAAGGGUCUCAGAUUUUCAAUUGAUAUAUAAAAUUAGUCAUAAUGGGUGAUGGUUAUGUUAUUACUCUUGUUAAAAUUUCAAAUUUCACAUGUAUACAUUUCUCAAUUAGAUUAGUUCUUCACUUGGUUGCUUUUAUCGGUAGAAAAGGGAAGCAUGAGGAGAAAAAUAAUAAUAACUUUAAUCAUGGUAAAUUGUGGUAUUUUGCCAUUUCUCUUGCCUGAAACUUGAAAGGGUAUAUAGGGAGCUGUCUACUUUUUGGCUUGAAAUACUUUAUCUAAAACUGUCAAAUGUUUUGAUGUCUGCAUUCUGUCCCAUGUCCUUGUCUUCUGAAAUUAUAUAUUUUAGAACCAUUAAUUGGAGAUAUAGAUUCCUUUUGGACCAAAUAUCUUGAGCUCUUUUUUCAUGCAUGGUUGGCUUUGAUGAAUAUAGGAAAGUUUGGUUUAUUGGUUAAAGUGUUGUAUUUUUAGUUUCAGUUAUCAUAUUAAAAUUUUGAUAAUCUCAAAUACUAAAGAACAGAAUAUAAGAAAAUUUGAAUGUGGGUUGCACAUUUAUUGCUACAUAAUAAUUUGAGAAUAUAUCUUUUUGGUAUUUGAGUUUAUCAAAUAUUAAACUUUAGUUAUUGAAAUUAAGGGUUGAACAACUAAUUUUUGACAAAUUUAGAAUAAUAUCUGACCACAUUA